UCCAUCAAUCCCCAAUUCACUACCUUCCAUCUCCUCCUUCUUAAUCUGUUUCUCUCUAUUAUAUAUCCGCCAAUAUAUAACAUGAAGUCUUCUUUUAAGUUCUUUCUUUUACUGGCCAUGCUCAUGGCUUUUGCUGCCUCUGUAUUGUCAUCCACCGCACCAACUGAGGAAGAAACUUUCCUCGAGAACGAUGACGGUAGCACUGAUGAUGAUACUCCUUGGCUAAAUCAGGACCGAGAAACAACUUUAACAUCUUCUUUGCGAGGAGCAAACCGCUUUCUUGCACAGAAAACUAGCCAAGCAGUGAUGACUUGCGACAAAUACCCUAGGGUUUGCCGUGCCAAGGGGAGCCCAGGGCCAGACUGCUGCAAGAAGAAAUGUGUGAACGUAAUGACAGACGGACUUAACUGCGGCAACUGUGGGAAGAAGUGCAAGUACCCUGAGAUUUGCUGCAAAGGUGGGUGUGUGAAUCCAAUGUCCAACAACAAGCAUUGUGGUGGUUGCAACAAUAAGUGCAAGAAAGGGAACAAAUGUGUUUAUGGGAUGUGCAGUUAUGCAUAGAAUUUACGAUACAGAAAUCAAGCAUUUGGAUCAAAAACAAUUGAAUUCUUGAUUAAUUAUGUGUACCUUCAUACCAGUUAGUGUCGUACCUCUCAAAAAAUAGUAUAAAUGUGUGUAUAAUUUGUGAGUUUGCGUAACGAAUAAGUGCGAACCCUCACCAGAUUAUAGGGUUUGCUGGGUUUUAUUUAUUUUUUUCUGUACACAUGUAAGUGAAACAUUGAUAUAUACAAAUUCAUAGUUCUUGGUUUA